CAUCACCGAAGCGACUUACUAUAAAGCACGCAUCGAACCAUGACGGCAGUUGCCCUUGUCUUCCGCAGUCCCCCAGCGCUAUACCACUACCACCCAUCCUCACAAAAUGACAGGCAAAGCAGAACAGAACAUAGUCAUCGUAGGCGGCGGCUUCGCUGGUUUCCAGGUUGCUAAAGCCCUCAGCAAACAAUUGGACCCCAAAUCAUACAACCUCAUUCUCAUCAACUCCCGUUCUUACUCCAUUUCUCUUCCCGCGGCAGUCCGUCUUGUCGUCGACGCAGAGUCAAAGUUGGAAGAAACCUCCUUCGUCAAGCUUGACAGGAUUUACGCAAACGGCAAUGGCCAGACGAAGGUCGGUGUCGUGAGCAGCAUCGAGGCACAGCCAGGCGUCCCUGGUGGUGCCGUGGUCCUCGCCUCCGGAGAGCGCAUUCCAUAUGCAGUCCUCAUCUUGGCUACCGGAUCAAAAUGGACUGGUCCCUGUGACAUCCCAGAAAACGAAGAUGAUGUCCUCCCAUUCGUCAACGCAUGGCGUCAAAAGUUCGCGAAAGCAAAACACGUUGUUUUCGUUGGCGGAGGUGCCGUUGGUAUCGAGUUGGCUGGUGAAGUCAAGGAUCUUUACCCGACCAAGAAGGUUACCAUCGUUCACGGUGGUAGUCAGCUUAUCAACGCUACUUAUGGCAACUCGCUCCGAAAGGGAUUAGAGAAACGUCUUCGUGCUCGCGGUGUUCAGUUCAUGUUCAAUGAGUACAUCGAUGACAUACCAGAAGAGGGUGUUGUUGGUGUCACUACUCGCAGUGGAAAGCACAUUGCGGACGCCGACUUAGUGGCCUCUACUCGUGGCGGCCGCCCCAACACCGAAUUCAUAUCCUCCCUCGGUGAAGAUGCUUUGAACGGACAUGGCUUCGUUAAGAUUCAUCCAACUUUGCAAUUGCCCAAUCACCCAUCCAUUUUUGCUUUGGGCGAUAUAAUCGACUUUCCCGAACAAAAGCAGGCGGCCAAACUCCGCGGGCAUGUUUCCACUACCGUGGCGAACGUAGUGAGCUUCUUGAAUGGAGCCGCCCCGACGGCGAAAUACACGGGUUCCCCUGAGAUGAUUGUAAUCACGAAUGGAAGGAAAGGCGGCAUGGGCUACUUCGGAUUCUUCGGAGGAUUUACGCUGGGUGAUUGGUUUGCCUGGCUGGUGAAGUCGAGAGAUUUGUUGGUUGGACACUUCAGGAAGGAUCUCGGGUACUGAUUCUGUCUUGUUGGACCUUAGAUACCCCUUCUCAUUGACUAUUAUAUCGUACCCCACUUGUUUUUUUAUAUAAUUGCAUUCUAGUCGCUGGCUGUGAAAA